AGGUAUCUGAGAUGUUACUACUUUGCAGUUCGAACUUUAAUCACCAUAGGGGGACUUGCUGAACCCGUGACAAUCUUCGAAAUACUCUUCCAACUGCUAAAUUAUUUUACUGGAGUCUUUGUCUUUUCAAGUUUAAUUGGACAGAUGCGUGAUGUGAUUGGGGCAGCAACUUCAGGACAGAGCUAUUACCGUUCUUGUGUUGACAAAACCAUCUCAUACAUGAACACAAACAAAAUCCCUAAACAUGUUCAGAAUCGUGUG